AGAGUGCCUGUUGUCUUUACAAGCUCUUACACUUAACAUAAAAUGCUAAAGUGUAGAUCAAAUGAAAUGAAAUUGAAGUGCUAAAAAAUAGCUUUUAAAAUUAUUUCCUUAUUGUUAGUCGCUUGACACUGCUAUGAAAUGAGUCACACGGAAAGUUGAUUCAAUGUCUGUCGCUGUUGUUUUCACGAAUAUGUUUUAUACGAGCACAAUUUUGGUAUUCGUUAUAACGGACUUUUUGAUUUCUUCUUCGAUUAUUGGGAUAUCAGUCGCAUUAGGGCAAGAUGGAAAUGACGAAGUUGAUCGUUCUGGAGAUUCUAUGUCAACUUUAGAGCCAAAAUUAUCAGAGGAUACGAAAGUGCGGCUUAUUGAUGGACGCACAACUGAUGAAGGUCGUGUCGAAGUGUACGUAAAUGGACGCUGGGGAACAAUAUGUGAUGACUCCUUCGACACAAAUGCCGCAUCGGUUGUGUGCAGAAUGCUGCACAUAAAUGUAACUGAUGCUAUUGUUAUAUCGGGAGGUUAUUACGGGGAAGGCAAUGGACCCAUCUGGUUAGACGAUGUUCGCUGCCUAGGACAUGAGUCAAACAUUGCUGAUUGUGCUCAUGAUAAAUUGGGGCGUACCAACUGUGAACACUAUGAGGAUGUAGGAGUUCUGUGUGCUACAGAUGCCAUCUGUCGUGAUGCUGAUUGGAGAGAUUAUGUUGGUGUGAAAGGAAAUAGAUCUCGGCGGCAGUACGCGUGUCUUUUAGGCCAUCCGGAAUGCAACGAAGACAAUUUGUUGGAUUUAGCGUGUGGUCCUGACAACUUCUUUAACAUAAUGAAUGGAAACUACUUAGGCUGUGGUGAAUAUGCAGUUGUUACUUGUGAAAACGGGUUUGUUGCUAGUUCUAUGGUAUUGGAUUGUCUUGAUGACGAUGCCUGGGAAAAUGUCACUUGCACUUAUGAAGGUAACGAAGAAGAAAACGGUUCAGUGAACGUUACAAAUGGUAAUGAAGAACUAACCACGGACACAACGCCACCUCAAACAGGUAACGAAGAAGACAGCGCUUCAGUAAAUGUUACAGUUGAUAAUGGAGAACAUACCACGGAUAAAGCGCCCCCUGAAGCAGGGCCAAUCACAUGCACUGCAGUCACAGAAAAUGGCGUGGUAUGGCCAGAAGCUCUUGAUGGGAAGAUAUCUCGACAUAGAUGCCCUGAAAAAUACCAAGGCGAUAUAUAUCGUCGUUGCCAAACAGGCAAAUAUCUUAACCCCGUUAACAAUUGCACAAGGAGGGCGAUACAGGAUUUACAUUCUCAGGUGUUUAAUGGCUCCCUCAAUUCUACAGAGGCAUUGUCGAAGUUAAAGCAGGAAACGAAUAGCUUGACAAUUGGUAGCGAGAAUUUACCAACAGCGGGCGAUCUACAGAAUGUUAACCAGAUCCUUGAUAAAGUCAUUGAAGACAUCGAAAUCAAUUCUGCUACAAUCGAAAACGACACUGACAGUUUCUUCGAAGUUGCGAAUAAUUUACUGAAUGGAAAUUCGACAUCAUCAUGGAAAAGUUUAAUUAAUGACAAAGGAGUUGGUGCCGACGCAGUAAUAAACACAAUCGACCGGUUUAUAACGAAAGUUGUGAACUCAAACUCUAGCGGAGAUCUGAACAAGACGUUCGACAAGCCGAACAUGUUUAUAGAAAUAGGGCAUGUUGACAAAUGUGUGAACAUAAGUUUUCCCUCUGCUGCCGGUACGACUGAUCAGAUCGUCGUCGGCUGUGGGCAAGAAAAAGGUAAAAAAGUAUUUAGCGGAGGCUUGUUUAAAAACAUGUCAGGAAUGUUGCCUACCACUUCAAAAAAUAUCGACUCGUUAGACAGUUCAAUCAACGGUCCAGUCUUGUCCUUUAGUUUUCACGGACAUCAAAACAAGAAUGAGAACGUCAGGAUAAUCUUCCAUGUAUUUGAUAGAAAUCUAACAGAUCCGUCAUGUUCCUUUUGGGAAACAAAAAGCGGGAAAGGCCUUUGGUCAACUGAUGGAUGCAGUUUGGAACAAUUUGACAGAGAAAAGGGAACCGUGUCCUGCCAGUGUGACCACCUGACAAAUUUUGCUGUUCUUAUGAGCCCCGCCAGUACCUCUGAAACGGAAACUGUUCACCAUCGCCGCCUUGGAGUUUUGUCAAUUGUGGGAUGCAGUAUAUCUAUAAUUGGCUUGUUUCUUACCAUCACGACCUAUGUGUACUUCUGGAGGGCUGUACGUUCGAAGAGAUCAGUUUUGCUUGUCAACCUGUGUACGGUUCUAGUUGUGGCUUACGUCAUGUUUCUGGCAGGGGUGAACAGCACUUCACAGCAUGCCGUGUGCACAUCCAUUGCUGUUCUGCUCCACUACAUAUUUUUGACUGCUUUUUUCUUGAUGCUAUCGGAAGGAUGUGUUAUUGCACAAAUGGUGCUCAGACCCCUUGACAAAAGGGACGGUUUACAUGCAUUGCUUGGAGUUUCUUACGGAAUUCCACUGAUCGUUGUCAUAAUUUCUGCUGCAACAUCUAAACUGAAAGGUUAUGGAAAUGACAAAUUUUGUUGGCUGAGUAUUGAUUCGGGACUUUUCUGGGCUUUUGCUGGACCGGCUUUGGCAAUCGUAUUUACGAACACAAUCAUCACAGUCGCUGUCAUCAAGAGGCUGUUUGGGACUUCUGCUAUGUCAAAACGAGGAGAUGCUGACAAGAUCAAGACCGGGAUACGUAGUGUGUGUGUCUUGUUGCCAGUGUUUGGAAUCACGUGGCUGUUCGGAGUGUUUGCCGUCAACAGGGAUACUGUCGUUUUCCAGUACCUCUUUGUCAUCUUCAACAGUCUACAGGGAGUCCUUAUUUUCGUAGUUCAGUGCGUUCUGGAUAGAAAAGUGCAGGAGGUGUUCAAAGCCAGGCGGGCCAGGUGGCUUGCACCAGAGGUUUCGAUCACUGCUACUGAAAUGAAAUCGAAAUCCUCGGCUUUAACAAAAUCAAGCGUGAUGCCAACCGAGUCACAUGCAUAACUGACGAAUGUACAAUCUUUAUGUACAUAUAUGUACAUACUAAUCGUCGAAUCUGAAGAGGCUAUAGUAGAUUAUAUUAGUUGAUCCGAAGUUUAUAUAUAUUGAGUCCCUCUGGAUUAAGAAUCUUCCCACUGCAUAAAAGACGGUUUUAUAGACUACAAGUACAUACUAACAGUCGAAUUUGUCAAUAAAUUGAUCGGAAGUAAAUAUACUCGGUCCUUCUCGGGAAGAAACCUCACAUAUGGAUGAGUUUCAUUAGAACUGCCUUUUAAUUGAAAACACAUCAAUAUCCUGUUAAAAUGAAGGUAAACACAAAUGCAGCCUAUUAAGGGAGAAAUAUCAAGGCAUGAAUGCAGCUGACUUUGUUAUCAUGUGCAUAUAAUUUUUUUAUAAACCCUUCAGAAUAAUUGUCGAUAAUAAUGGAACCUAAUGACGAGUCAUUAAUUUGAAUGAUCAAUUACUCUUGCUUAUAUGUUAGUAUUUAAUUUGAUGUAAUUACCUAUCGUAUAUGUCAUUUGGAUUAUUGUUCCUUGUUAGCCAAGUCAAUACUAAGUCAACUCCUAAAUAUUUUAUAUUUUUGUCAGGAUACAAAGGAAUUUGUUGAUUUUAAUGCAAUAUCGCAUUUCAUUUAACGAGUUUGUAUAGACAAAAUAGUUUCAUGACGUAUAUACCUUAUUAAUGCAGUCACGACCAGUGCAAAACAUCUAUAGAUUCAACACAUCUUUCUAGUCUGUUGAAGUUUAAGUUUGUUUAGUGGAAUUCUAUCACCGUCACUGUCUGAGCAUCAUUUGUAGUCUGAACGUUUGCAAACUAGGGUUUAAAAGGUCAAAGCAAUAAGGAAAACUUUUUCACCAGGCUACGUUGAUGACAAUAUGUAGAUUGUGUUAGUCAGCGUUUGUUAAUUGUUUGUUUGUUUGGUGACGACAGUCUGAAGAUUAAAAAGUUGAUACAAUUUUAAACCGAAAUGUAUGAAUACUUGUUUUUCGUUUGUACUUGGUAUAAACAAGAGAAUGUAAAAGAAAAUGUGCAACAAAUGUUAACUUCUGCAAUCAUUUUUAGUAAGCUUUGUUUAUUUACAGAAAAUAUCUGUUUUAAGUCAAAAAGUUUUCUUUAUGCAACGUCAAAUCAUUAUUUUCAUAUAUUUUGAUAUAAUUCUGUUGCUUCUGAAGUGAGGGCAUUCUUUUAAUCAAAGGGAUGUAAACGUCUUGUACAGUCCAUUGAUUAACAUAAUCAUUGCUAAAAUUGAAAGAAAGUGGUAAAAUAAAGCGACAAUAAUGAAACACGAAUUUUUAGAAUAUACAUAUUACAGUAAAAGUUUGCACUAGUUCCAAGUCCAUCUAAAAACGGAUAAUCUAGGUCAUUGUCAAAAAUUAAAAACACGACACGAUUUCUACCUUGUUGUAUGGUUGAAAUUGGGCUUGUUUCAAAUGUUACGUUUUGAUUGUUUUGUGAGAAUUCCUACAUUACCAUCACAAAUAUAUUUUAUAUGUAAUUUAAGAUAAAGUUAGCCCCUGUUUAAGUAGUAUUUCGUGUUGAAAUUGCACUGAUAAACACCAAUGCUUCACUAAAAUAGCUAAAUAGGAAUAUGUAUUAUCAAAUUGUUUCAUUGUAUUUAAUAUAGUGUGUAAUAUCUGUGUAUAAAUCUUUUUCCGUUUUUUUUCUUUUUACAGGCAAGUAUGAAAGGAUAAAUAUGAGAAUUUAAAUAUAUACGCUUCCUUUUUAUUAUUUUUAUCAUAUCGCCUACCCGUACAUGUCGUAAAACACAUCAAUAUUGUUCUCGUAUGAAAGUGAAUAAAUCUACCAUGUAAAAUCGCAUUUAUGUUUUAAAACUAUGUUAAAGUUGUUGCUUAUCUUAUGUCUGAAUUAUAUUUGGUAGUACUU